AUACAUUUCUUGUAUAUGUAAAUAGUGAAAGCAUUGAACUGUUUUUCUCAUAAUAUGAAUUGUUUUCACAACUUUAAAAGGACUACUAAUAACUAUAAGACACAUACUAAAUUGCGAACAUAUUUUAACCAUACGACACUUUACAUAAGCUCCAUCGGAAAUAACAGAGACACAGACUUGGCGAACAGAUUUUAACCAUAAGCUCCAUAGACUACGACUCGAACUAAAUUGCGAACAGACACACAACAAUGGCGGUUGGCGAACAGACACACAGCAGGACCUAUUUCUACGACCAAAGCAUAACCCACAACAAUGGCGAACAUAAGCAGAACAACAGCAGCACCUAUUUCUACGACCAAAGCUCCAUAGACUACGACUUCAACUGAACCGGCGUCGUUCGCUCUAUUGUAUUUAACAUUAUGAUUUUAACCAUAAAAUACAUGACUGUCCGUAUAAUUAAAACUUGUAUUUUGCUAGGACAAUUAUUUUUAGACUAUGCUCCAACGAUACUUCUUAAAAACACGCCACGUAAGCAAUUUUAAGCUCUAUUUAACUGCCACAUAGGAUUGGGGCUUUUUUUAAUUCUUACAAAAUUCAGGUUAUAAUUUUUUAAAAGAUCCUCAAUUAAUAUAUAGGGGAUAUUGAGUGGAAUAUUUGAGUUGAAUUUAAUAAAAGUGAGGGAGGGCUAAUAGAGAUAAUCAUCAACUUUUAGCUUAAAUGAAAUGGGCUAGAAGAUUAGGCCCAUCAGUGGAUAUCCAAUGGGCUGAAAUGAAAUGAAAUGAUGAUCAAAUUUCGACUCCGGAUCUAAUCGAAAGCCAUUGACCGAUUUUGAGCAAUCUCUCCCAUCCAUGGCGGAAGAAGAGUAUGCUUCUCGUUCUCACAUUCGAACAUGUGUGUAAUCUUAUGAUCUGUUGUGCUGUGUUAUCUUCGCAGUUCCGUUGGUGAGGGUUAUGCUGAGAUCGUUGUUGUACGUCAUGGAGAAACAUCUUGGAAUGCCGAGAGAAAGAUCCAGGUAAUGUGAUUGAAUCUUGAUUGAUUAGAGAUCUAGUAAGAAUCUGGUUCUGUUGUGUUGUUUCAGGGUCAUUUGGAUGUGGAACUAAACGAUGCAGGAAGACAACAAGCAGACAAAGUUGCUGAAAGGUUAUCAAAGGAGCCUAAGGUAUCUUAUGUCUACUCUUCUGACUUGAAGAGAGCCUUUGAGACUGCUCAGAUUAUUGCUGCUAAAUGCGGCAACCUUGAGGUACUUACUGAUCCUGCUUUGCGGGAGAGACAUUUAGGGGAUAUGCAAGGUCUUGUGUAUCAAGAAGCUUCCAAACUUCGUCCAGAAGCUUACAAAGCCUUCUCAUCUAACCGCACUGACGUUGAUAUUCCAGGUGGAGGAGAAAGUCUCGACAAGCUUUACGACAGAUGUACAUCUGCAUUGCAGAGAAUCGGCGACAAACAUCAAGGUGAGAGAGUGGUGGUAGUGACUCAUGGAGGUGUGAUCCGAUCUCUCUACGAAAGAGCUCGUCCAAGUGCACGAAAAGUUGAAAAGAUUCUUAACACUUCGGUCAAUGUGUUUCGUCUAUUCGAUGGAGACAAAUGGACUAUCCAAGUUUGGGGAGAUGUGUCUCAUUUGGACCAAACCGGUUUCUUGCAAUCCGGUUUUGGUGGUGACAGAACCUCUGGUUAAGAUUAAAGUACUGUACUCUCUUUUCCACAGAUUUUCUGUAAUUUAAGUUUAAUUGGGAUGAUUAAUAAACUAGUUGCUAUUAAUUGAACGUGAUGCAUCUGCUAAGCUAUAAAAA